GAUGUGCCUCCUCCGGGUUGAGUAAGAGCAAGGGGGGGGGAAGAAACCGCCGAGGUGCCCAGCUUGAGGGGAGGGGGAGCCCCUCCAGCAUCCCAGCGCCGUUGCCAGUUGCAGAAUGGCAGACUUUAAUCCCUCCCCACUGAAACACUUUGUGCUGGCUAAGAAGAGGAUUACUGCCAUUUUUGAAGAACUGUUGGACUAUGUUACUGAAGGAACUAAUUUUGUUGAAGAAACAUACAGAAAUCCAGAGCUUGAACAUAUAACCACUGAGGAUGAACUGGUAGAAAUACAGGCAUAUAAAAGCAAGUUGGCUAUCAUAGGUGAAGUGCUUGCACGGCGUCACAUGAAAGUAGCUUUCUUUGGCAGAACCAGUAGUGGAAAGAGUUCGGUUAUCAAUGCAAUGCUGUGGGACAGAGUCCUCCCCAGUGGCAUUGGGCACACAACCAACUGUUUUCUCAGUGUGGAAGGAACAGAUGGUGAUAAGGCUUACCUCAUGACUGAAGGGUCAGAUGAAAAGAAGAGUGUCAAGACUGUUAAUCAGCUUGCCCAUGCUCUCCAUAUGGAUAAAAACUUGGAGGCCGGCUGCCUGGUGCAUGUGUUUUGGCCUAAAGCCAAGUGUGCCCUUCUGAGAGACGACUUGGUGCUGGUGGACAGCCCUGGCACUGAUGUCACUACAGAGUUAGACAGCUGGAUUGACAAGUUCUGCCUCGAUGCUGACGUCUUUGUUUUAGUGGCUAAUUCAGAGUCAACUCUCAUGAACACAGAAAAACAUUUUUUUCACAAAGUGAACGAGAAGCUUUCUAAACCCAAUAUCUUCAUCCUGAACAACCGUUGGGACGCUUCCGCAUCAGAGCCUGAAUAUAUGGAGGAUGUACGGAAGCAGCAUAUGGAGCGCUGCCUGCGUUUCUUGGUAGAUGAGCUCAAAGUUGUUGAUGCUUCUGAGGCCCGGAACCGCAUCUUCUUUGUUUCAGCCAAAGAAGUCCUCAGCGCUAGAAAACAGAAAGCCCAGGGCAUGCCGGAGGGAGGUGGUGCACUUGCUGAAGGGUUUCAGACGCGAUUUCAGGAGUUCCAACAUUUUGAGAAGAUAUUUGAGGAGUGUAUCUCGCAGUCAGCUGUGAAAACCAAGUUUGAGCAGCACACUAUCAGAGCUAAACAGAUCCUAGAUACUGUGAAAAACAUUAUGGACAACAUAAACGUGGCAGCAGCCAACCAAAGAGUGUAUUCAAUGGAAGAGCGAGAGGAGCAGAAAGACAGGUUAGAAUUUGUACGAAACCAGCUCAACCUUUUAACAGAUGACAUUAAGAAGAAGAUCAAAGAAGUUGCAGAGGAAGUUGCAGACAAAGUGUCUUCUGCCAUGACUGAUGAAAUUUGUCGACUUUCUGUUUUAGUAGAUGAAUUUAAUUAUGAUUUCCACCCAUCUGUACAAGUUUUGAAGCUCUAUAAAAAUGAACUUAACAAGCACCUAGAAGCGAGUUUGGGAAAGAACUUGGCAGACCGUUGCUCCAGUGAAGUCAACAUGUCUAUGCAUCAGUCUCAACAAGAAAUGAUUGAAAAUCUGCAGGCUUUGUUGCCUCAGGAUGUCCAGAAAAACCUUCACUUGCUAAUUCCGUGUCGGAAGUUUGACCUCAGCUAUGAUCUGAAUUGCCACAGCCUCUGUUCGGAUUUCCAAGAGGACAUCUCGUUUCGAUUCUCCCUGGGCUGGACUGCCCUUGUCAGUCGGUUCUUGGGCCCUAAAAACACCGAGAGGGUCCUUCUGGCCAUGGCAGAACCAGCUUUUGCAAUCCCUCGGUCUCUGGCCUCCACCCCUUGUGUCGCCACUGCUCCAGCUCUGCCACCAGAGACGGCAUCCCAGGAGGAGCUCAUGGUCUCCUUGGUCACCAAUCUGGCAUCGUUGACAUCCCGGACAUCCAUGACGGUCAUCAUUGUUGGUGGGCUGGUUUGGAGGACGGUCGGCUGGAAGGUCAUCUCCCUUUCCUUGAGCAUGUAUGGGCUACUGUAUCUCUAUGAGAGGCUCACUUGGACAACCAAAGCCAAAGAGCGAGCCUUCAAGCAGCAGUUUGUAAAUUAUGCUACAGAGAAGCUGCAAAUGAUUGUCAGCUUUACCAGUGCAAACUGCAGUCAUCAGGUGCAACAAGAAAUGGCCACCACAUUUGCUCGCCUGUGCCAGCAAGUUGAUAUCACGGAGCGAAACCUAGAGAAAGAGAUUGCAAGAUUGUCCAAAGAAAUUGCUCAGCUAGAAAAAAUCCAGACCCACUCAAAGCAUCUACGAAAAAAAGCAGUUCACCUUGAAAAUGAAUUUGACUGCUUUACAAAGGAUUUUCUCCAAAAGAAGAAAUGAGACGCUGUCAAUGGUUUUCUAAUGCUCUGGGUGCAAUUGAAAAGAUUUCGCACACAUACAGGUCAAAUGAAUUUUUUAAGCCCCCUGUAUUGUACCUGCCCAGUGUUGCCUCGCUCUUUUUGUGCUUGGGUUAUGAAUUGUGCCUGAGAGGAGACAGUAUUUAUCCCUAAUGAACCAUUUUGCAACUUAAAUAUGAAGUUUCUUUGGAGAUGUAAAAGGAAUAAUAAACCAGCAAACAAGAAGCAAGAAGUAUUUCGCAUUAGUGUUUACCUCAAGAAUCUCAACCCCCUCUUUCUGGCAUCCAGAAAGAGACUAGAGGCUGUGUCCACCCUGGGAUCCUGUGUCAAAGACGGAAUUCUCUGUGGGAAUGUAGGUUGCUGACCUUUACCAAAAUUCUGUUACCAAGGUUAAAAUAUAGAGUGAUAACAAAUUGUAUUAUGGAAUCUGAAUGCAGUAGACAAUCAGCUUGGCUGGGCAUAAGGUGCAAAUCCAGAAUUCUCAUCUGAUUGAGAGGCAAUGAGAUUUUUAUAUUUUGUACUGCAUAUUUAAAGCUUUAAUAUCACUUGCAUAGAAACGUUCUCAAUUAGGAGGAAGCACAUUGUUUAGCAAAGAGAGGCAUAUUUCACUCAACUGUUCUUGGGAAGUAGGUACCUGCAUUCUUUUUCCAUCAUCUUGUCUUGAAAGAUCAGGGAAGGUGUGAUGGCUUAAAUAAGAUUUGUGGUAUGUUUAACAGUAUGGAAUUCUCUGCAGUAGUCGAUCUAGCUGCACCGGUCUUCUAACCUUGGCCUGUUAAUGAUGUUUUUUCGAGGCUCCUAGAUGUCCAAAAUCCAUCUGCAUCAUCCGUCCCAAGUGCUUCUAAGCUAGAGACCUACUAGUGAGACAUUUCUGAAGACCUUCCAGGCUGGCAGAUAUUUCAUGUGACAAUAUGAGAACCCAGCCCCAGGUGUCUCCCUCUCCCUCCCAUGAUAUUGAAAUGAGCCCAAAGUUUAAGCGCCCGAUAGAGUAGUUAGCAGUGCACUUUAGGAACUAUCACAAAAUAUGAAUUGAGUGGAUCAGCAAUGGGGGAAAUGCAUAAACAGGGCAGUCUUUAUUGCUCCCACUGGUUCUUUCCAUGAUGGUGGUGAUGGAUAAGCCCCCAGUAUUAACAACCUGGAUAAUCAAGGACUAUCCUGGCAUUUAGCCAUUGUUCUUGGGACACUUUUUCCCUGCACUGGCAUUUUCCCAGGGCGCUCUACUAAAAUGAACGGAAAUAGAAGCGUCAAUUACUCAUACCCCUCUAUUGUGCACACAUCAUGGAUGACUGUCACAUCCCCCAUCCUAGUACCGCACUGGAUAUACUGCCCAGGGCUGAUGGGAGUUACUGCCUAAUCCUGUAAAGUCCGUAUGUUCCCCACCCCCAAAGUAAUGUGUUAUUUUAUUAAAUGCUUUACAAAAUGUGUUUAGUUGGGGAAGAUAACAGAUAUGCAUGUCUUUCAACCAAAAUGGAAAAGUAGCGCAAGUUGUAAAAACAAAAAUACACUCUUGUGGUGGCACUUGAUGAUAAGGUAACUGGUGUAACAAAGGGCUAAUAAAACAAUUGCUGAGUUUCUA